GAGAGAUUCAAUCAGGCAAGGUAAAUCAACACGUUUCGGCUUGUUUCUUUUGAAAGACGACUUUUUUUACAACAAGCAUCUCAGUAGUUUGAAAUGGAUUAUCAGCGCCGUAUUACCUCAUGUCCUUUGAGAAUACUUUGCCUUUCUAAUCUGGUUUGCUCUGUGUUGUUGUCUAGCUGUCCUCGUUCCUGUGACUCAGGCUUCAUCAUUAACAAGUGUAAGUGUGUCCCUUGUCCCGAUGGCUACUACUGGUACAAGCUUAAUGGCCGUCCUAAGUGUGACUUCUGUACUGAAGCCUGCUCAGUUGAUCGGCACUUAACACAGGUGAAGGAAUGCCGCCGGGACUCAAACCGUGAGUGCCACUGUGACAGGGGCUUUUUCUGUGCCAGCACUGCCCAGUAUACCUGCAGGAGGUGUAAACCGUGCGCAUCUGGCACCUUCUCCAACACACCAAACCUAGCCAUGUCCUGCAAACCCCACACAGUUUGUGGCCAUAAGGGAAUGACCAUGGUAACAGAGGGCACUGCCUCUCAGGAUCGUUUGUGUGCCCAGACUUCCCCCACCUCUUCUACAACUACUGCACCUCCACCUGCUCAUAGCUCAAAGCUGUCCCUUCGUUCUGCUAUAUCUAGUGGAGUCAGCACCAACAGAAAACUCCUCACCGCGGGAUCCGCAUCUCGACUGGUUUGGUCUUCUGAGGACUAUCCUACAGCCCCAAUGUACAAAUCUGUAGACCGUUCAUCAGCCGCUCUCAUCAGGUCCUCUCUGUCCCAAGCCAGGAGAGACCCCUCCAUCUCCCUCCCAACCAAGCUCACCACCAGGAGAAAGCCCUGCAAGGUGGACAGUGACAUCUCACCUGCAGAGUCUGCCUCUGCACCCCCUCUUACCACAAAAGACAAUGACUCACCUCAUCUCCCAGUCCCAGCCUCUGGACAGAGCCCUCCCAGUCUCCCUUGGCUGCUGCUGAUGGUUGGGCUCCUAGGGGUCACUCUGCUGCUGGUUGGUUACUUUGUGGGGUGUAGGGGGAGGUCACUGGAGUCCAUGCACAAGUGGAAAGGUCCAAUAUUUGGGAAAUAUAUUUGUAAGGAAAGUCUAAGAGGGAGCUAUAAAGUGUGGGAGUGCCAGCCUUGUCCUGCUGCCCUACAGACAGCUUCCUAUAAGCAGGCCAAGCUGCCACAGGAGAGAAUCCCACACCUGGAGGCCCAGCAUCUUCUGGGGAGGGAGACUGGGGGAGAUCCUAGACAGGAGGGUACAGGGUCGCAACCUCCAGGGGGCAUGCAGAAUGUCUCAGUAGACCCCUCUGGAGGAGAAAACAUUAGCAACAUAGUGGGGUCCAUAUACAUCUACUCUCCAGGGACGGUUGUCCUGGGAUCCAACAAAUCAGAGAGGGAGGGGGAUCAAGGGGAGAGUGGAGGAGAGGGCUGUCCCCUCACCAGCAAGCCCCAGCAGGAGUCCUCCUACCCCCUCCCUUGGGGCUCCGCUCUGGGGCCAGAGAGAAUGAGUACACCGAAGGAUACCUGCAAAGAGCUGAGCUACCCCGUCCCAGCCACCAGCAAUUGAAAACUAGAAAAAAAUGGAAAUUGAGGAUUCAUUUAGGGAAGAGUGUGAGGGGGAGCAAGUUCAGUCAAUAUCAUACCAUCUCUGGGAGAGUGGAGACUGAAUAUUAUUUGCUACUGUAAAGACAGACUGAAUUGCAAAAUCCACUGGGGUCUAUAGGCCUGUCUAUAGGCCUUCUAUUAUUAAAGAGUGACAACUUGUUUGAACUGUA